AUAUGUGAAGCAGCCGCCGGUCCGCUAGCAACAGGCGCCGCCAUUUUGGAUGCGGGGGACUGUCAGGAUGGUGGAUAAGAAUAUUUACAUUGUCCAAGGUGAAAUCAAUACAGUGGUGGGUGCCAUAAAACGCAAUGCUCGAUGGAAUACUCACACGCAUUUGGAUGAAGAACGGGAUCCCCUGCUGCACAGCUUUGGUUUAUUGAAAGAAGUGCUAAAUAACAUAACCGAGCUUUCGGAAAUUGAACCCAAUGUCUUUCUCCGACCCUUCCUGGAAGUAAUCCGUUCUGAAGACACUACAGGUCCCAUCACUGGGUUGGCCCUGACAUCUGUGAACAAGUUCCUCUCAUACGCAUUAAUAGAUCCCAGCCAUGAGGGCACAGCUGAGGGAAUGGAGAACAUGGCGGACGCCGUCACGCAUGCCCGAUUUGUGGGCACGGAUCCGGCAAGCGAUGAGGUUGUCUUGAUGAAAAUCCUGCAGGUUUUGAGGACCCUGCUGCUCACUCCAGUGGGAGCCCAUCUCACCAAUGAGUCAGUGUGUGAGAUCAUGCAGUCCUGCUUCCGUAUAUGUUUUGAAAUGAGGCUCAGCGAGUUAUUGAGAAAAUCUGCAGAGCACACUCUGGUCGACAUGGUGCAGCUGCUCUUCACAAGAUUGCCUCACUUUAAGGAAGAGCCUAAAAGCUAUGUGGGGGCUAACAUGAAGAAGAUCUCUCCAUGUCUCCUCAACAAACUGGAACUAAGUAGUGGGGAACAACCCAAAGCCCUGAACCAGUUAGAGAGGGUACUGCUCUUUAAGAACCUGAAGCUGAAAAUGAGAGCAGGAGGAAUGAGUGAUUCAUCUAAAUGGAAAAAACAGAAGAGAUCCCCAAGGCCCCCUCGCCAUGCAACCAAGGUCUCUCCAGGGACAGAGCAACCAGCCACCAAUGGUACUGUUAUGCCCAGUAACAUCACAGAUGGAGUUACUUUUAUUGAUGCUCCUUCUCCCAUCUCAUCUGGAAAUUCAGAAAACACCUCCUCUGCAGUCAGUCCUGCUACAGACAGUGGCUUGGAGUUGUCCUCCCAAACCACCUCCAAGGAAGAUCUUACAGACUUGGACCAGGUCAACUCUUUGGGAUUUAGUGCAGCAAUACCUUCAAGUGAGCCCAGUGCCACUGAGCAUCCACACCAGCCUGAACCCCAGAAUGAAGGUCUCAGGGUGGAGAAGACCCAGUCAGCCUCAGUAGAGUCUAUCCCAGAGGUGCUAGAAGAGUGCACAUCUGUGGCAGAACAUUCUGACUCUGCCUCUGUUCAUGACAUGGACUAUGUCAAUCCCCGAGGAGUACGUUUUACACAGUCCUCCCAAAAAGAAGGAAUAGCGCUGGUCCCCUACGGCCUGCCUUGUAUCCGAGAGCUGUUCCGCUUCCUCAUCUCCCUCACUAAUCCACAUGACCGCCACAACUCGGAGGUGAUGAUCCACAUGGGGCUGCAGCUGCUCACUGUUGCUCUGGAGUCUGCCCCUGUUGCAAACUGCCAGUCUCUGCUGGGGCUUUUGAAAGAUGAGUUGUGCCGGCACCUUUUUCAACUGCUGAGUGUGGAGCGGCUCAAUCUGUAUGCAGCCUCCCUCAGGGUAUGCUUCCUUCUCUUCGAGAGCAUGAGAGAGCACCUGAAGUUCCAACUGGAGAUGUACAUAAAGAAGCUGAUGGAGAUCAUCACUGUGGAGAACCCCAAGAUGCCCUAUGAGAUGAAGGAGAUGGCCCUGGAGGCCAUUGUUCAGCUGUGGAGGAUCCCCAGCUUUGUCACUGAGCUUUAUAUAAACUAUGACUGUGACUACUACUGCUCUAACCUCUUUGAGGACCUCACCAAACUGCUCUCCAAGAAUGCCUUUCCGGUUUCUGGACAACUUUAUACUACUCACCUGCUGUCUCUUGAAGCAUUGCUGACAGUGAUUGAUAGCACUGAAGCACACUGCCAAGCCAAAGUGCUGAGCAACAUCCACCAACAGGAGAAGGAAGUGGUCAAACCCAGCACAGAAACUGCCAGUAGCACCAAAGAACCAAGCAACAACAAUGAGAGAGUGCUGAGUGAAGGGAAAUCUCCCAGUGUGGUCACGGAGCUGUCCGGGGCAUGCCCGCCCACCAGUGGGUGUCUUAUGGCUGACCAGAUGAAGCAGGGCUGCCAGGAUUUGGAGGGAGGAAGUGAUGCAGCCGAGAAGAACAUCCCCAGGAAGCCUACUCGGUUUUCCUGCCUCCUGCCCAGAACUCAGGAACUGAUGGAAAUUAAGAGCAAAAAGAAGCUCCUGAUAACUGGCACAGAGCAGUUCAACCAGAAGCCAAGGAAAGGGAUACAGUUUCUGCAGGAGAAGAACCUUCUGGCCAUCCCCAUGGACAACAAUGAGGUGGCCCAGUGGCUGCGAGAAAAUCCCCGGCUAGACAAGAAGAUGAUUGGGGAGUUUGUGAGUGACCGUAAGAACAUAGACUUGCUGGAGAGCUUUGUGGGGACUUUCAAUUUCCAAGGCUUAAGACUGGAUGAAGCAUUACGGCUUUACCUAGAAGCAUUUCGCUUACCAGGAGAGGCGCCGGUGAUUCAUAGGCUAUUGGAAGCCUUCACAGAACAUUGGCGGAAAUCAAAUGGCUCUCCAUUUGCUAAUAGUGACGCCUGCUUUGCCCUGGCCUACGCAGUUAUUAUGCUGAACACUGACCAGCAUAACCAUAAUGUCCGCAAGCAGAAUGUUCCAAUGACCCUAGAGGAAUUCCGGAAGAACUUGAAGGGGGUGAAUGGAGGCAAAGACUUUGAACAGGACAUACUGGAGGACAUGUACCAUGCCAUCAAAAAUGACGAAAUAGUGAUGCCAGAAGAGCAGACGGGCCUGGUGAAGGAAAACUACAUAUGGAAUGUACUGCUGCAUCGUGGUGCCACUGAUGAAGGCAUCUUCCUGCACGUGCCUCCUGGAAGCUACGAUCAUGAUCUCUUCACCAUGACUUGGGGCCCCACCAUUGCAGCCCUAUCCUACGUUUUUGACAAGAGCUUAGAUGAAACAAUCAUCCAGAAGGCUAUCUCUGGCUUCAGGAAAUGUGCAAUGAUUUCUGCACACUAUGGCCUGAGUGAUGUGUUUGACAAUCUCAUAAUUUCUCUCUGCAAGUUUACUGCCCUCAGCAGCGAGUCUAUCGAGAAUUUGCCCAGUGUUUUUGGAAGUAAUCCCAAGGCCCACAUCGCAGCAAAGACUGUGUUUCACUUGGCACAUCGCCAUGGCGACAUUCUGCGGGAGGGCUGGAAAAACAUCAUGGAGGCCAUGCUGCAGCUUUUCCGAGCAGAGCUGCUGCCCAAGGCCAUGGUGGAGGUUGAAGACUUUGUGGAUCCCAAUGGCAAGAUCUCUCUGCAGCGGGAAGAGACCCCAUCUAACCGCGGUGAAUCCACAGUGCUGAGCUUUGUUAGCUGGCUCACCCUCAGCGGUACAGAACAAUCUGGUAUGAGGGGGCCAUCUACAGAGAACCAGGAGGCAAAGCGAAUGGCUCUGGAGUGCAUCAAGCAAUGUGACCCCGAAAAGCUGAUCACUGAAAGCAAGUUCCUCCAGCUGGAGUCCCUCCAGGAGCUCAUGAAGGCUCUGAUCUCCGUAACUCCUGAUGAGGAGACAUAUGAUGAGGAGGACGCUGCUUUCUGCUUGGAGAUGCUGCUGAGGAUUGUGCUGGAGAAUAGGGACCGUGUGGGAUGUGUCUGGCAGGCAGUGCGAGACCACCUCUAUCACCUGUGCGUCCAUGCUCUGGAGUUCUGCUUCCUAGUGGAAAGAGCGGUGGUAGGGCUGCUCAGGCUGGCCAUUCGGCUCCUGCGCCGGGAGGAGAUCAGUGCCCAGGUUCUCCUCUCGCUCCGUAUCCUGCUAAUGAUGAAGCCCAGCAUGCUGUCCAGAGUUAGCCACCAGGUUGCCUAUGGCCUCCACGAGCUCCUGAAGACCAAUGCUGCUAACAUCCACUCCGGGGAUGACUGGUACACACUCUUCACCCUCCUGGAGUGUAUCGGGUCAGGGGUGAAACCGCCCCCAGCCCUGCAGGUUACAGCAAGGGCAGAUAAUGACACAGGUGCUCAGUCUGACAGUGAGAUCUCCUUGUCCUACCACCCGAGUGAUGUCAGCCUGGACCGUGGCUACACCUCUGAUUCUGAGGUAUAUGCUGAUCACAGCAAGCAAGGCAAGAUGCAUCGCUCCGUGACUGACGUGGAUGUGGUGAACAGCGGCUGGCUGGUGGUUGGCAAGGACGACAUUGACAGCCCCAAACCCAUGGCUGGGCUCAGCAGGCAGGGUCCAUCUCCUCUCGUGAACCAGUAUAGCCUGACUGUGGGUCUGGACCUGGGCCCACACGACACCAAAUCUCUCAUGAAGUGCGUGGAGUCCCUGUCCUUCAUUGUGCGAGAUGCUGCUCAUGUCACUCCAGAGAACUUCGAGCUCUGCGUCAAAACCAUCCGCAUCUUUGUAGAGGCGAGUUUGAAUGGAGGGUACAAGUCCCAGGAGAAGCGGGCGAAGAGCCAUAAGUAUGACGGUAAAACCAACCGUUUCAAGAAGAAGCCAAAAGAGAACUCGCUGAGGCGCUCGCGGGCCUCGAGCCAGCACCAGAGCCACUCCCACAGCGAUGAGGAGGAUGACGAGAGUGUUCCGGCCAGCUACCACACUGUGUCUUUACAGUUGCUGGACCUCAUGCACACCCUCCACACACGAGCUGCCACCAUCUACAGCUCCUGGGCAGAGGAGCAGCGCCACCUGGAGGCCGCAGGGAAGAAAAUCGAAGCAGACUCUCAAACACUGUGGUCCAACUGCUGGUGCCCCUUGCUGCAAGGUAUCGCCUGGCUGUGCUGUGAUGCCCGGCGCCAGGUGCGGAUGCAGGCGCUCACCUACCUGCAGCGGGCUCUCCUUGUGCAUGAUCUGCAGGCGCUGGAUGCUCUGGAGUGGGAGUCCUGCUUCAAUAAGGUGCUGUUCCCUCUGCUGACCAAACUGCUGGAGAACGUCAGUCCAGCUGAUGUUGGUGGGAUGGAAGAGACCAGAAUGAGAGCCUCGACACUGCUCUCCAAGGUGUUCCUGCAGCAUCUCUCCCCGCUGCUCUCCUUGACAACGUUCGCUGCUCUGUGGCUGACGAUCCUGGACUUCAUGGACAAAUACAUGCAUGCAGGCUCCAGCGACUUACUGCUAGAGGCCAUCCCAGAGUCUCUGAAGAACAUGCUGCUUGUGAUGGACACGGCUGGAAUAUUCCACAGUGCUGAUUCACGCACAGGGUACUCGGACCUCUGGGAGAUCACUUGGGAGCGGAUAGAUUGCUUCCUGCCCAGACUGCGUGAUGAGCUCUUCAAACAGACAGUCAUCCAGGAACCUGUCCCCAGUGUGCCAACAGAGCCACAUCCUCAGAAACCAGUGGCCCCUGCCCUGCCUGCUUCUGCCGCCCACCUAGCACCCUCGGAGAAGUCCUCUGAGCUGGGUGCCAGUGACUCUGAGAGAGCCCCAGGCCCCGGCCCAGCCAUCAGAGGCGCCUCUGGCUCCCCUCUCUCUGCGGUGGCAUCGGUGAAGAUGAGCCCCGUCACAGAUGUACCUCCUCAUAUGGCGCAGUCACCACUGAUCCUGCAGCCUCUCGCCUCCCCCCUGCAGGUCGGGGUGCCGCCUAUGACUCUGCCAAUCAUUCUCAACCCUGCCCUGAUUGAGGCCACUUCCCCAGUUCCCCUCCUGGCCACUGCACGGCCCACCGAUCCCAUGACAACCUCUGAAGUCAACUAGAGUGAGGGGGCUCGAGGAUGGCUUGCUGAGGAAGUGCUGCAGGUGGAGGACACCAGCUAGAUCCUCCCUGGUAGUUGCCACCUUGGCUGUAGAGGAUGGUAGCUUGAGCAGAAGGGCAGCAGGGUGCUUGGCAGGGCAACUGCUAAAAUCUCCCUGGAGCGUGUCGGCCUCUGCUCCCUUCUCAUGGCUACUGCUCAGGAGUCACUGGCUCCCUUCCUUGGAGGGGGAGCUCAGUGCCACUGACCACCACUGACCGCCUCCUUGCCUUUGCAAUCUCAGGGGCCAGGCAGCCACCUUUACCCAGCAGCCUGUGACCAAGCCACUGCUGUUAGCAGGUGAAGAGGGAAGCUCCGUGCUGUGGGAGCAGAGAGGCCUGGGUUCCUGGGAUCCCUAUGAUCAUUCAGUCCAGCUGGUUCAUCCUCCAUGUCCACUGUCCUCGGCACUAGUUCUUGGUGCAGGCCCUGGGCAUCCCCAUGCAGCAGGGGUUUGGCUUUCGUUCCUCUCCCCAGAAACAUACAGCCCCCUCAGCGUGGCUCUGAGCUUGCUGGCCAUGGUGUGCAGGCUGCGCUUUCCUGGCUCCGGACUGCAGCGUAUCACCAAGCUCCCCCCAGCCCAAUGGCGAGAGGGCGCGAGUGGGCACCCCUGGCGAGACCAACUCUACCCCCUCCCUCUGGGUCUGAGUGACACGCUGAGGCCUUUCUGGGAGGAGGGAGAGAAUCCAACCAGUGUUAGCUAUUGGGCAGACUAGAUGGAAGCCAGCAGCUGAAAGCAGCCCCAGCAAUGCCUCUCCCACAGCAGCUCUUGGGGAGCAACUCCCCAUGAAAUGAACAGCAUCCUCCUGCCUAGACACUACACUGGCCCCUUCCUAUUUCCAGCCGCAGGUGCUCUCUUCUCCAGCCGUCGGGCCUGCAUGCUCCUUAGCUUGAGAGAGGAGCUAGCUGCUGCUUGUCAAGUCCCACCAUGGGCAUUGGGGUGCUCAGCUUCCCUCCUUCCCUGCCCCCCAAAGCUCCAGCAGCUCAGCAAAGCCCUGGCAGCAUUGCACUUUGCUUCUCCCUACGCUGUGGAUGCCGGUACCUUCUCUGCCAUCCCUUCCCGAAGCGGAGCGAGCCAGCUGGAAUGUACCAUAUCUCAGUUCUUCCUGUUUUCUGAACUAGUUUUAUAAAUUCUCCGGGCUGAUUGCAGAAAUCCCAUUGGAAACGGGGAGCGACUCAGAGCCAGCGUGUUCUGUACUCAGAGGAAACCCAGAGCCGCAGGGGAUAGACAGUGUACAUAAGGAAUAAAUGGCUGGGAAUCCAAUGGACUUUUUACAGUGUAAUAAAUGUCCUGU